UUCGAAGGUUCCGAUCACACGUGGACGAUUGUUGCGAAUACUGUGCGUCGCAUAGAUCGUAAAUCGUAGAUCAAAUAGUUUUCAAAGAUUUAACGUUUAACAUCGAUCAAAUAAUUUCGUUAGCUCGAGAAUGAGAACGGACGUUACCGAAGGGAAGGUGCAAAUAAAAGCGAGAACUUCGAAAGUAGGUGCCAGUAACGCGUGGGCAUCUUCUAUCACGAAGCGAUCGUCAUUAAGAUAUCAUAUUUUUAAGACGUUUGUCAAAUACGUCAGCCUUUAUUGCGAACAAUCUACUUUGGUGGGUUACAAGUAUUUGACCGAGCCACGUAGAACCUGGAUCGAAAGGAUCAUAUGGAUCGCGGUGCACCUGACGACAAUAUGCAUAUUGGUGUAUUUCGUUAUCGAUGCCUACACAGCUUUCACGACAUUGCCGAUGGUGACGUCGGUCGAGUCGGAUCAUUAUCCUACCAAUCAGAUCACGUUUCCAGCCAUAGCAAUCUGCAGUAUCAACAGGAUAAGUCGACGAUCCGCGAUGAAAAUGGCUAUGAAAGUUUACAGAUCAAACGUCACUAAACUGUCCAGCGACGAAAUUUUAGAAUUGAUCGAACAAUUGGGAGACGCUUACAAUUCGAUGCACAGGUUCGAAAUAACACGAUACGACGAAUUGAAUCGUGUUUUACUGGAUUUUUACGAGGGUGAUUACGACAUGGACGCCAUAAUGAAAGAAUUGACACCACAAUGUACCCUUAUGUUGAUCAAGUGUUUAUUCAACGGCAACGAAUAUAAUUGUUCGGAACUUUUCUCCUUCGAAAAAACUCAGGAUGGAUAUUGUUGUACUUUUAAUUAUAUAAUUAAAGGCAAUACAAACAACGACGAGGAACCAAUGGAAGUGAGAACUGUGAAGGAUUUAGGAAUCGAACGUGGUCUUACAGUCGUGAUGGAACCUUUCCUGGACGAUUACUUUUACACUUUUCUUCCCGUUAUCGGAUGGAAGGUGACGUUGUUUAAUCCAACCGAUUAUCCCGAUAACAUCAGUGGCGGUGUCACCGAGGUGCUCGUUUCGCCGUUAUUGGAAUCCUACUUGGAAAUCGAGGCUGUAUCCUUCUACAGCACUGGUCAAACCAAAUCGUAUCCAAUUUCAAAACGGAAGUGCAUAUUCCCUAACGAGAUUCGAACUCGUUAUGGUGACUACAGUUACAGCGAUUGCUUGGUCGAUUGCAGGGAACAGCUAAUAUGGAAAAUGUGCAAGUGCAUUCCAUUUUAUCUUCCAACACGUACCGAAGUCAAUUCUAAACAUGGAAGAAGAGCUUGCACGUUGACAGACAUGCCUUGCUUAAAUCAUUACAAAUCCGAGUGGUUGACCGUAUUUCCUCACGAAGAAGACACAUUAAAUAUCACGAUGAAUAAUUACAAAUCGUUACAUUGUAAAAGUUGUUAUCCCUCGUGUCAAGACGUUGUUUAUACCAUGCAUAGUUCUUUCUCUACGAUGCAACCUGGAUUUUACGAGACGUCAUUGUUAAACAAUUUCAAUAUCGUCGAUCAAAGUAUCAUUCAUGUAUUCUUUUCGAAGUAUGGUACGGUUAGAUUGAAACAAGAUAUAUCUUAUACCUGGUAUGAACUUUUGAGUGAUAUCGGAGGUAUUUGCGGGGUCUUCAUCGGGUUUAGCCUCAUCAGCGUUGUCGAGUUAAUUUAUUUCUUCAUUCUUUUACUUUUCGAUCUUUACAAAAGUUACGAUCCAAAUAGUGAGGAAAUCGAUAUAGAAAUUCCUCGGAAGGAGGCAACGAUGUAUACCAUAUAUUGGAACGAAUUGGUACCGAAAACUAGAAUUGAGAAGGAUUUGCUUCGUCAUCGUAAAGUCGAACGAUACUAAUUACGUAAUUAAUAAUCCUAUGUAGCAAUGAUCCUUAAUAAUAAUUAUAUCGUCGCUAAUAUUAAUGACAUUAAUAUUACAAUAUACAAUGUUUUCUCUCCUUUCUAUUCUUUCUUUUUCUUUCUUUCUUUUUAUUUUCCUUAAAAAUUUUAUCAUUUGACUUCAGAUAUAAAGAUAGAGCGAUACGUCCAUCUUGAAUUGAGCAAACGAUCAACGAUUUGUAACGUAUUAUAAUUAGAGAUUUCGAUCGAAUAAUAAUACAAAAAAGAAAAGCAAAAAGAAGAAAGAAAGAUAGAGAAGAGGAACGUCUCUUGUUAAGAUAUUUUUUAUAGUGGAAGUAACACGUAGUAGAAAAAUAAAGCCACUGGAUGGCAAAUAUUUUUAACGAGACAGAUACUAAACGUCUUGCGGUCCGGUGAAUGGUGUUGAGAAAGAAGAGAAAAAGAAAGAAAAAAGAAAGAAAGAGAGAAAGAAAGAAAGAGAGAAAGAAAAGAAAAGAAAAGAAAAGAAAAGAAAAGAAUAGAAUAGAAAGAGUAAGAUGAGAAGACAGAGAAGAUGGCAGAGCCGAACAAGCAGGCUACUCGUCGAAGAAAAAUGUUGCCAUCAAGAAAGACAGAGAAAAAGAGAGAGAGAGAAAGAGAGAGAAGAGACUCCUUAACGCUAUAAUAAUCUUCCGUUACGGUUUCAACGUCGUAAUAACAGUAUCGAGCUUUCGUAGAUAGAUCGUUCACGAUUACGCGUUAUGUGGUUGUGUGCAAGCGCGAUGGCAUCAGAUUCGCUGUAAAAGAAUUCAUUAAUUAAACUGCACCGAGACUUUACUAUAUAUAUGUAUGAUGUAUAUAUAUAUAUCUUUCUCUUUCUCUCUAUAUAUCUCUCUCUUUUUCUCUCUCUUUCACACGCAUACAUUUUACGUUGGUUGACCGAGAAGCCUGAUAAAUCUAACACGCGACGACCCGUGACAUUGAUGCAUUAUUAAUGCUAACGAGAAGAACGUUGGAAAGACUUUGACAUG